AUGGAUAUCACACAACGCCUUCAGCAAUGUGUCAUUGAACCGCAACAAAAGACCAAAAUCGACGCAUUCACCAAAGUCCUCGACGACGUGCUUGCAUCUUCAGCUGUCGGCCCAGCUCAGGUUCAGAAUCUCAAGGAGUACGUUCAAUGUGUCCUUGAUGAGCAAGUUGGCUUGGUCGUGGCGCGUCAACUGUUAUCCGAGUUUAUCGCCUUGUUCAACGACCGGGUCCAAGACAAUGAGGUCAAGAAGCAAGUGCUUACUUUUGCGAUUGAACUUGCUCAACCUCGUUCAGUGAGCUUUGAAGAACAGUUAUCGCAACUAUGA